UUUGCAAAACGCAGUUUGUUGUUGUUCCGCUCGCGAGCGAAUCCAAUAACUAUACUAUGGGAAUUCAGUUUACGGGAUUUUAGUUUAUCUAUGGCACCGCUUGGUACGCGAAUAUAAAACCAAUUGAAAUUAAAAACAAAAAACACUCGAAAAUCAGAGCUUGGAAACCAGUCAAGUCCAGUAAAGGCCGAACCAUCAUUGUUAUUAUUAUUUUUUUUUUAACCGCUGUGCGGGAGUGCGUGGUGUGAUUAAAGUGAAAGAAAGAAGUGAAUUAAAAAAAAAACGAGGCAAUGACAACGUCGACAAUUAAGCCAACGGGCGGCGAAGAAGUGCCGCCGGCGGGGGUGGUGGGCGGUGUCGGUGAUGUGGGAGUGGCCGCCAGCCUGUCUAAACGCGAUUCCGAGGAGGAUACGUGGGCCUCCAAGGGUUAUAACUACAUAAAUCCGUUCGUCCAUCGCAUCGAAAUCGACAGUCACAUUGAGGUGGCCAAGAUCUAUGUGCUGACAGUUCUCCUGCUGCCCAUCCGCGUGGUGGGCUGCGUUCUCUCCCUGAUCUCCGCGUGGAUGUUCGCCUGCAUUGGUCUCUAUGGAAUGACGCUGGAUGAUCUCAAGGAGAAGCCCCUUACCGGCUGGCGGAAACAAAUGCAAUGCAUGACGGCCCGUGGCAUGCGAAUGGUGUACACCUUCGGAUCGUUCCACUACGUGACCAUGAAGGGACGAGCGGCGACGCCGAAGGAGGCACCGAUCCUGGUGGUGGCGCCGCACUCCUCCUACGUGGACUCCAUCCUGGUCGUGGCCAGUGGCCCGCCCUCGAUAGUGGCCAAGCGGGAGACGGCGGACAUCCCGCUGCUCGGUCGCAUCAUCAACUAUGCCCAGCCCAUUUAUGUGCAGCGCGAGGAUCCCAAUUCGCGACAGAACACGAUCAAGGAUAUUGUGGACAGAGCUCGCUCCACGGACGACUGGCCGCAGGUGGUCAUCUUUGCCGAGGGCACCUGCACCAAUCGCACGGCCCUGAUCAAGUUCAAGCCUGGCGCUUUUUAUCCGGGUGUGCCCGUGCAACCGGUGCUCUUAAAAUACCCAAAUAAAUAUGACACCUUUACAUGGACCUGGGAUGGACCCGGAGUGUUACGCCUUCUCUGGCUGACGAUGACGCAGUUUUAUAACCGGUGCGAGAUCGAGUAUCUGCCCGUGUACACGCCUUCGGUGGACGAAGUGGCUGAUGCCAAUCUGUAUGCCAACAAUGUGCGGGAGGUGAUGGCCAAGGCCCUAGGAGUACCCACCUCAGACUAUUCCUUCGAGGACGUAAUCGUGAUGAGCCGGGCCCGCGACAUGAAGAUUCCCUUCCCCGGCGAUAUCGUGGAGAUCGAGCGGACCAUCGAGAAGCUGGGUCUGAUUGAGAGCCAGCGGGAUGCGGAGCUGUGCAAGGGAUUCCUCCGGGUGUCCAACACGGACAGGAUGGACAUUAUUACGUUUGCCGAGCUGCUCAAGGUGGACCUCAAGAACACCGAUCUGCACAAGCUGUUUGCUCUGCUCGAUCACCGCCGCAUGGGCACAGUGAAUUUGAAGAGCUUCCUGCUGUGCUCCCUCUUCUGCAAAUUAAAAAACUCAGAUCUGUUGACCUUCCUGCGUGCCUUGAUCCACCUUUAUAGCGAAUCUAGUCAGCAAAUCGAUAGGGAGAGCUUUGUACGGUUAAUGAGACACGCUGGUGGCAAGCUUAAUGAACAAAAGGCCCAGGCGCUCUUCUUUGCGCUGGAUACAGACAACCUGGGCUAUGUCUCCUUCGAUUCCUUUGUGGAGCACACGGAGAAGCAGAAAUCAAGCUAUAAAUUCCUCUACCACAAAUCGGAGCACAUAAGGCGAUCCAAGGCGGUCACAACGCCCACCAAUUGAAGAGAAAGCACAUUUUUGUGCAUUUCACAGGAAAUUUAGUGAAGCUGAAAGAUGAGGAGUAACCAAGAGAAAAACCCAACCUAAGCAGAAAGUUCAACUGUCGAGUGUAUAUUUUUAAUAUUUAUUUAUCGUGUAACGCGUGUCCUGGCACCCAUAUAUUGUAAUUAAUAUAAUUUAUAUUAUUAUAACCAUAGUUUCUUGUAAACAAUGCUCAGAGCACAGAGAUCCGGAUCUGAUUGCGCUAAGCUUUGUUAUUAUUUAUACUCGGACUCAAACGCAAGUCAUUUCAUCUUUGUGAUUUUUAUUAUACACACUUACGUUAUAUAUACACUUAAAUAUAAAGCAUAUAUACCCAAGUAUGUAUCUUAUGUAGAGGCAGGCAAAGCAACCAUCAAGCCCUUGAAUAUUUCCUAUUUCCAUGGCCAAAAAUCAAGAGAAACCGCAAAGAAUUGUACGGCAAUCCGUAGGUAUAAGAAAUAACAGAAGACCCAGCCAAUGAAGCUCUCCUUUGAUACGUCUCACAGAACACUACCAAGACCACACAGAACAAUGGAACUGCGAUCGAAAACGAUAAAGACCACCACUAACCAACCAAAACUGAACAACCACCAAGCACACUAAAUGAAAUCGUAUUGACCAACCAUCUGUAAACUAUUAAUGAUCAACUAGGAAGAUUUAUUCCACAUCUAUAUGGUAUACAAAACUAAGUCACAGAAUUGCUUUCUAAAUUCCCCUAAUCUCAACUUAAUUAUUGUUGUACGAUCCAUUAUUUAAGACUUGUUAAUCAUAUGCAAUGUACCACACGUGAUUGUAUCAGAUAUGGAUAUUACAAUUUGUCCUACCUAGGAAUAUUUCUAAAUAAUUUCACGAUUGUAAGAUUUUUGCUUUGUUCUUGAUAACACUUCAGUUCAAUGUUUCCUGAAAGCAACUGAUCAGUCAUUUAGUUAUCGAACAUUUCUUGUGCAUUUGUAACCUACACGCAAACUUAUCUAGACUUUAGACCAGCACCUGGCACGGAGAGCAGAGAUCUAUGUAGAGCACAGCCUGUACUUAAGUCAAACACCUUGGGCACACACUCCCCACACACAGAGUCUGUUCUAUAUGUUAUUGAAUUCAAAAGAGAGUCUGCAAGAGGAACGCAGGUCUUUCGAAAUUUAUUACAAUUUCGAAAGGGCAAAAAGGAGGGAAACUCCGUAGUUUUUACAUUUUGAGAGAAACUAAACCUAAGCUAAAAGAUCUAAUUUAUGUGCUAUUGUAAUAGAUAUUAUUAGCGCCCUAAGCCAGCACCGAGAGCAAACCCAAAUCGGCUGAGAAAUCUGCUCAAAAAUAUAUAUAUGUGUGUACGAUUUUAAAGCCA